AGCUAACCUAACCAUGCCCACUAUCCAGAUAAGGAAGGGGUGGCAGGAGACAGGAAACCGAGAGGACAGGGCUACUAUCAGCAGAUCCUGAUGGAUGCAACCGCCCAUUACCAGCAAUAUCAUCUUCUCCUCUCCGGCUUGCUUCCGAUAUACGAAUCGCUUCCUCUUGGUGGACUUUCUUUUCUUCUUUUACUUGUCCAGCAUACGGUCUUUCUCGAUCUUCGGGCGCUCACUUACAUACGGGCGGCGUUCUUGUUUGUUCAUCUGAGAUACCACAGUUUCUCGUACACCUGCUCCGAUACACGUUCUAGCGAAAUUCACAUUUAUUGCAUACUCCUUUGCAUCUCCGCCAAAAGUUGCCCAGUGACACUGGACCGAUCUGCCUCGUCUGGUUGUUUCCAUGGUUGCAAUGUAUGAAGUUCUCUACUACUAUGCUGAUACAAGUUUGCGCCAACACCUCUCAAAAACAGAGCCGACGGAUGAGUAUUACCGAAGACGGAUUCUUGAAAGUUUAACUCGUCUUUCUCCUUUCUCCAUCAUGAUUAUGGUGUUUCUUCUUCCGGCACAUCGUGACUGAGUCCCUUGUAUUUCUUUAUUUGCACUACCACA